AUGACAGGUUUAUCCCAACAUUUUAUAAGUUACUUUGGUUGCCCAAAUCUACAAGAAGCAUUUAGUAAAACUCGAUGGCGCGUAGUAACUUUAAGUGGUCAAUUGAUUGACAAAUCUGGGCACUAUGAGUGGCGGAGAGAAAAGGAUGAACUCCCUAAAUUAGAGUUUGAACUAUCGAAGUUAGAGAUGGAAACUAGUAGCCGAGUUACG